UAACAACUUACAAACACAUUUCUUCUUUUAACAACUUACAAACACAUUCUUAAUAUAGGCAACGAUGGCAGAAACUACGCAGAGGAAGAGGGAGGUGUUUGCGACCAAGAAUGAAUUGUCGGUAGCAUUGGCUAAGUACACUGCUCAUCUCUCGGCCAAGUUCUGCAAGGAGAAAGGAAUUUUCACCGUUGUUCUCUCCGGCUGUGGCCUCAUCGAUUGGCUCGGCAAGUUGUUGGAAUCACCAUACAAAGAAUCAGUCGAAUGGUCAAAGUGGCACGUCUUUUGGGUGGACGAGAGGGUCUGUUCACAUGAAGAUCAAAACAGCAACUACAAACUCGCCAUGGAUGGUUUUAUCUCCAAGGUUGGGAUUCCGAAGGAGAACAUCUACGCAAUCGACAAACAAUGUGCCGCUGAUGGUGACGCGGAGCGUUGUGCGACGCUCUACGAGGAGUGCUUGAGGAACCUGGUGAAGGAAAAGAUACUCCCACUAUGUCCAAAUGGCCAAUUUCCUCAGUUCGAUCUCCAGCUCCAAGGGAUGGGUCCUGAUGGCCACAUGGCGUCUCUCUUCCCGGAACGUCCUCAGAUCAAUGUGACGGACAAAUGGGUCACUCACAUUACCGACUCCCCAAAACCGCCACCAAGGAGAAUCACAUUGACUUUACCGGUCAUCAACUCGUCUUUGUACAAUCUUGUGGCCGUUUGCGACGACAACACAGAGCAAUGUGCACGCUCCAUCGCUGAUAUCUUUAAGCACAACAAUCUCGCCUUACCUGCUGCUCAUCUUACUGCCCAAGUCGAACAAAUGUGGUACCUUGACAAAGCAGCUGCUUCAUUGCUUUAGAGAGCUAAACACAUUAAUAAAUGGUGUCCUUUAUAUGAAUAAUAAAAUAAUCUCUCCAAGUCAUGCUUUGUGGAGCGUGUUGUUGGAGUUUGCUUGCUUGCAUGUGUGUCGAAUAACCGGCUAAUAAUGCAUUUUGCGUAUUUACGUAUAGUACGUACCAAAUGAUCUGGAACACCAAUUAAUUUAUUGUUUAUGUCUAAUUAUGUAACUUGUGUUUGAGUGAUUAUAACCCUGCCCUGUGUUAUAAUAAUGUCUUUCGAAACCGGUAUUUCAGUAAUGGUGGUAUUUAGAUUUUUAUCACUAAUUAUCCCGACUUAAACAUGUUAUGUUCGGUUAAUGGAAUCACCAAUUGAGGUUAGCUUCAGCUACCCCGAGAGACUAGAUUUUAAGCUCUCGGAUGCUGACCUAGGCAUAGACAUGGGGACACGAGUGGUGAUAGUUGGGCCAAACGGAGCGGGGCAAGUCCACUCUUUUGAAUCUUGUUGCGGGAGAUUUAGUUCCAACAGAGGGUGAAGUGAGGAGAAGCCAAACGCUGAGGAUCGGCAGGUACUCUCAGCACUUUGUAAACCAGUUAAAAAUGGAGGAGACACCGGUUCACUACCUUCUUCGUCUUCAUCCCGACCAAGAGGGCGACCAAAAGGCGGUGCGUGCCAAGCUGGGCAAGUUUGGGCUACAAGGUAACAACCAUUUCACUCCAAUUGAAAAUUUGCUGGAGGACAAAAGGCUAGGGUUGUGCUAACCUCCAUCUCAAUGAUGAAGCCACACAUAUUGCUUCUAGACGAGCCAAAGAAUCACCUGGACAUGCAGACUAUAGAUGCUUUGGCGGAUGCACUGGAUGGGUUCAAAGGUGGAGUUGUGUUGGUGAGUCACGACUCGAGGCUCAUAUCACGUGUCUGCCAGGACGAGGAGAAGAGUGAGAUUUGGGUUGUAAAAGAUGGAACAGUGACCUUUUUCCAAGGCACUUUUGAAGAGUACAAAGAAGAACUCAAAAGAGAAAUCAAGGCAGAGGUUGCUGAGUUGAGCUAAAGGUCUCCUCUGAACUUCAAUGCAAUAAGCUGGCCGUUUGAUGCUCGCGGAUGUUUGUUUUAAAACUAAAUCUCCCUUGAACCUUCUGUUAUUUUUAACUCUUUGUUUAAUUAUUCAUUAUGUUGGAACCUUUUCUUGUGCAACAUGUUAUAGAGAUGUAAUCUUUAUUCACCCAGUUUAUAGAUUAACUCUUUUAUCUGUUUAACCUAUUAUAAAGUGGCUAUCAAUUGUUAAUAUUCCAUGUAAAAUGAAACAAUCACAAACCUUAAUUUUAUUGGAUCAAUGAUUUAAGACGAUUUCAUUUUUUUUUCAAACCCCCUUUUAUUGUAUCUAACCUUUAUAAAUUCCAUAUGAAAUUCAAGCUUACGUAUAAGUUUUUUCAAACUCUAACUUAUUAGAAAAUAUGAAUUUUGUCAAUAAAAUUUAUCAAAUGUGAUUUGGUGGAUUCGGAUCCUAUUUAUAGUAAAAAACAAUGAAUUGAAAUACCACCUCUUAUGAUGAUAUUUGAAACUUUUUUAGAAAAAAAUUAAAAAUAAUUGCACGUUUUUAAAAAGAAAAUCAAACUAUUUGCAAUGAAAAAAUAAUAAAAAAUUAUUUCAAAUCGAUUUUAAAAACAUUUACAUAUGUUAUAUAUUUCAUAAAACAAUAAAAAUAUUAAAUUAUAAUAUUUUUAAAAUAUUUUUUUUAUUUUAAAUAAAUAUUUUAAAUAUUUUUUAAAUCCUUGAUUCAUUCAUCUUAAAGCCCCACUAAAUCUUUAAGAAAUGGUUGUCUCAUUCUUCCAAGGAUACACAUGUCAAACUCAGAGAUUAUCCUUCCGUAUGUACUAUUAGGACUUAGGAGAUGAACUUUCAGACGAGCAAUCAACCAUCUGUCCUGGCCAGAUCAUUCAGAUGACUCAAAUCGCUUUCCUCCCGUGUAUCAAAUUACAAGAUUUUUAAAAUGAAAUGUUAGAUUAGAUUCAGAUAAAGAAAAACCUCUUUUUACAAUAAAUGUGACUUUGUUUGAAACCUAACUACUUUUCUAGAAAGAAACAUCUCAACCCGAACCAGAGCCGUGCCUAGUAUGUAUCAGAAAAGGCUUUUGCCUCAGGCCCCCUUCAAAAUAUAAAGAUUUUGGGGCCCCUAAUUUGUAAAAUAUGUUAUAGUGUAGUGGUUGCUUGAGGUAUCGAUGUGCACAUGAAAGGCAACUUCGACUCUUCCCCGUUCAAGAAUUGUUUUUCUUUUAGAAUCAUGCUUUUUAUAAAUAAAAAAUAUGUUAAAAAUACUAUAUUGUUUUAAAAUUUGCCUUGAGCCCCACUUACCCUAGGCACGCCACUGACCCGAACCAUAGCUGCUUUGCCUUGUCAUACUUUUGUGAGCUUUCCCACACACUUAAUCAAUUCGGUUCUGUAUGUGUUUGUCAAUGUAGCUUGCUACCAGAGUCGGGUCUGAAUGAGGCUCACCAUGACGUUGAUCAUCAAAUUACAAGAUUAAAUCCUAUUAUCAUAAACCUAAUUUUAUUUAGAACAUAUUAUACUCCAUCCGUAUCUAAAAAAUCCAUGUUUUAUAAUUUUCACACUUUAAUAAAUCAUAUUAAAAUUUAGCUAUAAAUGCAUAUUUUUAUAAUUUUAUAUUUCUUACAUUUUUAAACUAAUAAGAUUUUAUGAAUUGCAAUUAAUGUUCUUAAACUUCAUAAUUUCUCGUUAUUAGUUGACAAAACUUAUAUUAAAAAUAUAAAAUAUGUAUUUUUUUUGAAACAAAAGUUUUUUAUAGAAUAUGGAUCUUUUAAAAACAGAGAGAGUAGUAAUUUAAAAAUUGUUAGUAGGAGAAGAUAAUGUUGAAAAGUCAAA